AGACCAGAAACUGAUAGUAACCCGACGAGUUCGUGUACGCAGCACAGUUUAUCGGAGAGACACAUUGUGUCAUCUAUUUAGUUCAACUUUUAAAUCGUUUGCGAAGUAUCAUCAAUCAAUCGAAUCAAUUGCAAAUACAGUAUUUUAAGUGAUUUUCUUAGAACAUCGCGACGCUUUAACGGUUCGAUUUUAAAGUCGGAUUUGAAAGCAGCGAAACGAACAGCACGACACAAGAUGCCUCCGGGAGUUGGUAGUUCCGCGCAUAAGAAAAUUGAAGAACCACCAAGCGAACUAAAACGAGAAGACAUCAUUAUUCUUGAUGGUGGAUUUGCAUCGCAAUUAAGUUGUCAUGUUGAUAAACCAAUCGAUGGUGAUGUUUUGUGGAGUGCUAGGUUCUUAGCUACCGAUCCAGAAGCUGUUAUUGAAGCACAUUUGGAUUUUUUGAGAGCCGGAUCGAACCUGAUAAUGACCAACACGUACCAGGCGAGCGUCGGGGGAUUUGUGCAACAUAUGAAAAUGACCGAACCGGAAGCUUACGAGUUAAUCAAGAAAUCCGUUGAAUUAGCCAAAACUGCCGUGAGGAAAUUUCAAUUGGAAUAUCCCGAAUGUCCGCAGCCUUUAAUAGUCGGUUCGGUGGGACCUUAUGGUGCGUCUUUACACGACGCGUCCGAAUAUACGGGAUCUUACGCUAAAACAACGUCGGUAGAAACCAUGAGAGAUUGGCACAGACCUCGAAUAGAAGCUCUAAUCGAGGCCGGUGUGGAUUUAUUAGCGUUGGAGACUAUUCCUUGCAGGAUUGAAGCGGAGAUGCUGUUGGAUCUGAUAAAGGAAUUUCCGAAUGUCAAGGCUUGGCUCGCAUUCAGUUGCGCGCAAGACGGAAAAUCAAUAGCUAAUGGUGAAAACUUCCAAGAAACCGCCCGAAAGUGUUACGAUUUAAAUCCAAGACAACUGGUGGCGGUUGGAGCAAACUGUCUAGCGCCGAGACUUGUUGAAUCAUUAUUCAAAGAUAUAAAUAAAGGACGAAGACAUAAACCUUUACCUCUCAUCGUGUAUCCGAAUAGCGGCGAGAGUUACAACGUGAACCAAGGAUGGAUUAACAGAGAUAAAUGCGAACCGGUAGAGCAAUAUAUUCCUCUUUGGUUGGAUAUUGGAAUAAGAUGGGUUGGAGGAUGUUGCAGGACCUAUGCAACUGAUAUCAUGAUGAUAAGGAAUCAAGCAAAAAGAUGGCAGCAAAAAAGACUGGUGCUUACUAAUGCAAAUCUUAAUGAACAAAUUCAAAUUGGGUUCAACAAAGAAUUAACUUGCUCAAAUUAACGAUCUCUAUAGCUUUUAUUAUAAACUCAAAUUAAAUCUAAAAUAAAACUCUAAAUUAUCUUAAAAAA